AUGGCCUUCCUGAACAGAGAAGCAUCGUCUUCCAAGAGCACAGUCAGGAAUGGCAAGGAUGUAUCGAAGCAGAGACCUCGUUCAGGCUCAGCACCCCGUGUCAAUUCGAAUCAAGCCAGACGAGACAGAGCAGAUCAGGAGCUGAUCUCGUUGCAACAGAGGAUAGAUACUUUCGAUGCCAAGAAGCCUAUAGAGACUUUCUCGGACCUACCUCUGUCUUCGAAGACCCUCAAAGGUCUCAAAUCAUCCCAUUUCGUCUCUCCGACACCUAUCCAGUCGUUGUCCAUCCCAGACUCGCUGCGAGGCAAAGAUGUACUCGGUUCCGCGAAGACUGGAUCAGGCAAGACUUUGGCUUUUCUGAUCCCUCUACUGGAACGUCUUUACAUGCUCAAAUGGGGUCCCAUGGAUGGCCUCGGAGCAGUAGUCAUUUCACCUACCAGAGAACUCGCUGUUCAGACUUUCAACCAGCUGAGAGAUAUCGGCAAGUACCAUUCAUUCUCCGCUGGACUGGUCAUAGGCGGCAAGCCGCUCAAGGAGGAGAGAGAUAGGUUGGGAAGAAUGAAUAUUCUCAUCGCGACCCCUGGAAGAUUACUUCAGCACCUGGAUAGCACGGUCGGUUUUGAGAGCUCUGGUUUGAAGGUUUUGGUCCUUGACGAAGCGGACAGAUUGCUGGAUCUUGGUUUCUUGCCGGCCUUGAAAGCCAUCGUAUCGCAUUUCACCACUGGUUCGAUGGAUGAUCCGACUUUACGUCGUCAGACUCUCUUAUUCUCCGCCACUCAAUCUUCGGAUCUCGCUUCGUUAGCAAAGCUGUCGCUGAAGGACCCACUGUAUAUCAACUGCAAUAAGCCGGGUGAAGAAGGUGUGGUGCCUACCAAUCUGGAGCAGUUCUACGCCGUUGUCGCGUUGGAUCGGAAACUCGACGCACUGUGGGGCUUCGUCAAGAGCCAUAUGAAAAUGAAGGGAGUAGUAUUUGUCACAUCUGGCAAGCAGGUCCGAUUCAUCUUUGAGACUUUCCGUCGACUUCAUCCCGGUUUACCCCUCAUGCAUCUUCACGGCAAGCAGAAACAGCCUACACGAUUAUCCAUCUUUUCUAAAUUCUCAGCAUCCAAGUCCGCCCUCUUGAUCAGCACAGAUGUCGCGGCGAGAGGUCUAGACUUUCCCUCGGUCGACUGGGUCAUUCAAUUGGAUUGCCCGGACGAUGUGGAUAGCUAUAUCCAUCGCGUAGGCCGAACGGCACGAUACCAAUCCGAAGGCAAGGCUUUGUGUCUCGUCUGCCCAUCUGAGGAGGACGGCAUGGUCAAGCGAUGGGAGCAAAAGGGUCUGGACGUCAAGAAGAUCAAAAUCAAGGAUUCUAAGAUGGGAAGUCUGAAACAACAGAUGCAAAACUUUGCGUUCAAAGACCCAGAAAUCAAGUACCUGGCCCAGCGGGCCUUCAUCUCGUACAUGAGGUCUGUUCAUCUUCAAAAGGACAAGACAGUGUUUGACUUGUCCGAGCUACCUGCCGAAGCAUUUGCUGAAAGCUUGGGACUGGCCGGAGCGCCCCAGAUCAAGCUAAUGGAUAAUGGGCAAGGCAAGGCCAAACGCAUGGGUCCUGCUGCCACCGUAACGAGAGUCUCUGUCGAUGAUGGAGAAGUCAGUGAUGAUGAAGGACUGGGCAUUGGCGCUCAGCGAGAGAUUGUGGGAAGUAGCGAGAGUGAAGGUGAAGAUUCUGAGCAGGGAUCAGGGAUGGACGAGGAAGAGCAAAGGUCUGGGGACGAGGGCAAGUCUGAGGAAGUAUCGACUGCAAAAGCAGCUGUCAGAACCAAAUACGACAGAAUGUUCCAGCGAAAGAAUCAGUCUAUUCUCGCUCCUCACUACUCGGCCAUGGUAGCCAAGGAUGAUGACAGUGGUUCGGAUGACGACGACGUCUUGAAGCUCGCGAGACAGGACCAUGACUUGUCGGGAGAUGAAGAUGCGCACAGCGGCAUUGAGACCCAUCACAUCACCGAAGACGCUCAAAAGGACACAUCUGAUGGUCCCAAAUUCGCCGCACCGACUAUGCUUGCGGCUGAAGAUUUGUCCAAACGGAAACUGAAAGCUGCGUCUUCGAAACGAGGGCUGUUGAAGACUAGACCGACGGCUGAGAAGGUUCUCUUUGACGAUUCUGGCAAUGUCACCACAUUCUACCAAGCUGGUCUGGAGGCUGAGACUCGAGCUGGCGCUCAACGUUCCGAAUUCGUGAAGAACGAGCGAGAACGAAUGAAGGACGCUACAAAGAUUGAUAGAGAGGCAGCGAGAGAGAUCAAGAGGGAGAAAAAGAGAAAGAGAAAGGAGAGAGAGCGAGAGAUGCGCCGCCUUGCUGACGAUUCGGGCGAUGAGGGUGGCGGAGCCAUUGCUAUGCUGGGCUCUCCUAUGGGCGAAGCUGAAGAGGAUCUUGGCGAAAUGUCUACGGCGGAUGAAGAGAGCCAUUCUCGUCAGUCAAAAGCUCAGAAACAGAAGCGGAACCACGUCUCUAGCAUUGAGGAUGAGGAGGCAUUGGCCCUCAGUCUCCUGAACGGUUAG